AUGAAGUUCCUUGCCACCUUUUCUUUCCUUGCCGCUGCUGUCACCCCUGUCGCUUCACAAUCCAUCAUUGAUCUUGCUUCCGCAGAUGGAAAGUACGGAACACUUCUCGGUGCUGUCACUGGAACACCUGGAGUCCUGGAUGCCAUCACAUCCAACUUCCCCGUCACCAUCUUUGCUCCAACCGAUGCUGCGUUUGCUGAGAUUGCUUCGACCGUUGCUGAACUAGACCAAAGCACUCUUGCAACUGUUUUGGCGAGCCACGUUGUUGCAGACGUUUAUACUGCAGAAGCUGUCAUUGAUGCUGGAUGUGUUGAAUUGAUGACCUUAUCUGGCGCUAAUAUCCGUGUCAUGGUCAAGGAUGGUAUGGUCAUGGUCAAUGACUCUACCGUCAUUCAACCCGACAUUAUCGGAGAAGGUGGUAUCAUUCAUGGAAUCGACAAGGUGAUCUUGCCAGGCACAUAUGAACCAUGCCCAACAACUCCCGUAACCCCAGUUGCUAGCUCAUCCAAGGGAAGCUCAAAGUCUUCCAAGAAGAGCCGGCGAUUGGCACAAUAA